UUUGGAGGCGUUUUUGAUUCUAACGGUUGUCCGAUCGCUUCUGAUCAAAUCUUAUCAAUCCAGUCAGAUACUAAUCGUUUUUAUUUUUGCUUUACUUACUAAACUGGUGGAAAUCACGCCGGCAUUAACUAGAUCAACCCUACCUUCUCCAAUUUCAGACCUAUGACGCCUUACACAUUUUGGAUUUUGACAAUGUCCGUAAACGCAUGUCUGUGCUUGUCCGAACACCAAAUAAUCAAAUUAGACUUUAUUGCAAAGGAGCUGAUACAAUGAUAAUGGAAAGGCUUAGCGAGAAGGAUACAAGCCAAUUAUUACGUCAAGCAACGCUCCAACAUUUGGAUAAAUUUGCAACUGAUGGUUUAAGAACACUUUGUGUGGCGUAUAAAAUUGUUGAUGGAGAAUAUUGUGAAAAAUGGCUGCAGCGUUUGCAUGAAGCUCUUAUAGACUUGGAGAAUAAAGAUAAAAGAGUGGAUGCUUUAUACGAGGAAAUGGAAUGUGAUAUGAUCUUGUUGGGUGCUACAGCUAUUGAAGAUAAAUUACAGGAUGGAGUACCUCAAACAAUUGCCGCAUUGGCUGAUGCUAAUAUUAAAUUAUGGGUUUUGACUGGGGAUAAAACGGUAAUUGUGAUUUUAUCAAAUAAGCUCCCUUUCAUACCCCAAAAUAGUGAUGAUCAGUUUAUAGGCCGUUGA